CUGAGCCGGCAGAGUGGUGGCGGGAAAGCUGGCGGGCCUGUGUCUUCAGGUGUGGGGGACCCAGCUGAAAAAUCAGAUGUCUGCUUCAGUUCUCCAAGCCCCGCCCCCAGAAUGUGUAGGCAGCGGGGCGGAGCCUAAGCUGAGUCCUCUCGGUGAACUCAGCUGGAUGUAGCAAGCUUGGUGGACGAAGAGCUUCCUGACUCUAAAGAUGGAUUUUAAAAUUGAACACACUUGGGAUAGUUCUCCAGUGACGCAUGAGCCAGUGUUUGUCAGGCUGAACCCAGGUGACGGAGGAGUGAUGUUGAAAGUUAGUGCUCCAUUUUUCAAUGAUCCUCCAGCCCCGCUUGGAGAACCAGGAAAGCCUUUCAACGAACUGUGGGAUUAUGAAGUUGUAGAAGCAUUUUUCUUGAAUGACAUAACUGAACAGUACUUAGAAGUUGAACUUUGCCCCCAUGGACAACAUUUGGUGCUUUUAUUAUCUGGAAGAAGAAAUGUGUGGAAACAAGAACUUGCUCUAUCCUUCGAAGUGUCCAGAGGAGAGACAAAAUGGGAAGGCAGAGCUUAUCUUCCUUGGAGUUAUUUUCCACCAAAUGUGACGAAAUUCAAUUCAUUUGCAAUUCAUGGAUCAAAAGAUAAAAGAAUCUAUGAAGCUCUUUACCCUGUACCUCGGCAUGAACUGCAACCAGGACAAAAACCUGAUUUCCACCGUCUGGAAUACUUCAAGCCUUUCAAUUUUAACACACUGCUUGGAGAAGAAUGGAAACAACCAGAAUCUGACCUGUGGCUAAUAGAGAAACCUGAUGUAUAGGAGUAUAGUAGAUGACCAUAUCAAUCAUUUCUUCUCUAUACUUUUUAAGGUAAAUCAUCCUAUGUAAUAAAAGCAUAGUAUGCAAAUUGUCCCCUCAACUGGGAGUUGUCUGGGAGUUCGACAAGAGGGUGGCGCCGGCCAGGGGGAAGGGAGGGAGGCCCGGGCCGGCAGCCAGUAGCCACUAGGGACCCUACCAGUGCAUGAAUUUUGUGCACUGAGCCUCUAGUAAUAAAUAUAGUCUCUUUGAAGCAUAAUGUGAAAACAUUU